UAACAUUAAAUGAAUGUGGAAGCGUAUAACACGGGGGCCUCACAGUGAUUUGUAAGCACUGGUUUCCUUAGUCUAUUUAUUCCUCCUCCAUUCCAUUCCCUUCUAUUCUCUUCAAUUGCCUGCCUUGUGUCUUUCCCCUGCCUCACAGUUGUUUGGUCUACCAUGGCUGCUCUUUUCUUGUCAGUUUUAUUACUUUCCAUGUUUUUAAUCUCUGCUCUUCCUCAUCCUCUCAAUAUUCUCUCUCACCAUCAUCACCAUCAACAACAACUGCUCUUGCAAUUCAAAACCGCCGUUUCCAAAAAUGGCAGUUCUCUGCCUGACUGGAAUCCCCUUCACCCGUUCUGCAACUGGACUGGUGUUAUUUGUCACUCCUCUUCUCACUCUGUCCGUGCCAUCAGUUUAACCCAAAUGAAUUUAUACGGCACCAUUUCUCCCAUGCUGGGGAAUCUCUCAUCUCUUCGAUCCCUUGAUCUCUCCGCGAAUAACCUCACUGGUACCAUUCCACCUCAACUCGGCCAACUCCCAAAUCUAUGGGAGCUCCGGCUGACCGACAAUCAAUUGCAAGGAACCAUUCCACCCGAACUCGGCAAACUCCUAAAUCUUCGGAUACUCAGUCUAGGCAAUAAUAAUUUACAAGGAACCAUUUCUCCUCUGCUGGGGAAUCUCUCCUCUCUUCGACUCCUAGAUCUCUAUCACAAUCAAUUACAAGGAACCAUUCCGCCCACUCUCUCCGCUUGCCACAGUUUGCAUUUACUGGCAUUCUCCUAUAACCAACUGCAUGGCAACAUACCGCCUAAACUGAGUCUUCUCACAAGUUUGAAGUACCUCUACUUGGGCAAAAACUCUCUCAAGGGCACCAUUCCGCCCUCUUUCAAGAAUCUGUCUGCCUUAGUUGUAUUGGAUUUGGGCGUGAAUGAGCUCUACGGCCCCAUUCCUCCUGAAUUGUGCAUGCUCACUCACCUACAUACUCUUAACCUUUUUGGAAAUAAUCUAUCAGGCACCAUUCCCAGCUCUUUAACAAAUCUCUCUAAAUUGAAUGAAUUGGGUUUAUUUGACAACCAGAUAAGAGGACAUAUACCAUCGGAAAUUGGUACCAAGCUCUCCAAAUUAGUAUUACUUGGUUUAUGGGGAAAUCAGCUUAAUGGAAACAUACCGUACUCCUUGGGAAAUUGUUCCCGUCUCAAAGAACUUUAUUUAAAUACAAACCAACUGGGUGGAACGGUUCCAAUGGAACUGGGUAAGUUGAAGCUUCUCACCAAGGUUUACCUACACACCAAUCAACUCGUUAGUGACAGCAGUAACACAUUGGCCUUUGUCAUUGCUCUCACAAAUUGCUCCCACUUGCAAGAAGUAGAUGUGAAAAUCAAUUAUUUCACUGGUAUGUUGCCCCCGACCAUAGGCGAACUGUCUUCCAAUCUCAAUUACUUGACUUUAUCAGCCAACAUGAUAAGCGGAAGCAUACCAAAACAGAUUGCCAAUCUCACAAACUUGACGUACUUAGGCCUAGACAAUAAUCUUUUCAGCGGCAAUAUUCCAUCUGGAAUUAAAAGAUUCCGUGUGUUGGAACAAUUGGAUUUGGGUGGGAACAAAUUAGAAGGAAGCAUUCCAAGUGAGAUAAGUCAUAUGCAAUAUCUCGGACUUUUAAAUCUUAGUCACAACCAGUUAUCUGGAAAAAUACCAGAUUCGCUUUGUAGCUCCCAGCAGUUAAGACGUCUUCUACUUCAGCACAACAAGUUAUCAGGGGAUAUCUCUAUUAGUUUGGAGGGAUGUCAGAAGUUGGAGCUCCUUGACGUAUCUUACAAUAAACUAGGGGGAAGGAUACCUGGUGAAGUCAUUGCCAGCCUUAAAAACCUGCAAUUCUACCUCAAUCUUUCAUGGAAUUCUCUGGAAGGCUCGUUGCCACAGGAAAUGAGUAAAAUUGCAAUGGCUCAAGCCAUAGAUAUAUCUGGAAAUAAACUUAAUGGGGUCAUUCCAAUUUCUCUAGGAGACUGCACAGCAUUAGAGCAUCUAAAUCUGUCUCACAACGCCUUUGAAGGUCCAAUACCACAAUCACUCUCCAAAUUAAAAAAUCUCCAAGAAAUGGAUCUCUCUUUCAAUAAUUUGUCAGGGCAGAUUCCAGAAGGAGGGUUGUUUCCAAAUAGAACUGUUGUAACAUUGUUUAUAGGGAACCUUGGUCUAUGCGGUCCAAAAAACUAUUCAUUGCCUCCAUGCCCAAAUCUGAGCCAGGGAAAACAUUCCCUGCUCAAAAAAGUAGUCUUAUCAGUUGUUGGAACCAUUGGAUUUGUAUUAUGCUGCUUCAUUAUAGCAAUUUUAUGGAGGCAUAAACUUUCAAGGCAACUAGUCCGUUCCUCAAGCUUUAUUUUUCAAGGAAACUAUCCAAAAUUUUCUUAUCAAGAUCUUGUCAUUGCAACAUCUGGAUUUGAUGAGUCAAACUUGCUUGGAGUGGGUAACUUUGGAUCUGUCUACAAAGGCAUCCUGAGGGAUGGUAAGAUAAUUGCCAUCAAGAAUCUUAAUUUACAAAAUGAAGAAGCUCUUAAGAGUUUUAAGAGAGAGUGCAAGAUGUUGGGAAGAAUUCGGCACCGUAACCUCAUCAGGAUCAUGAGUGCAUUUUUCUACCCUGACUUGAAAGGUUUGGUUCUUGAAUUUGCAUGUAAUGGAAGCUUGGAAAAACAUUUGCACACUGAGAGGGAUGAUGAAGACUUUUGCAAAUUGGGAUUGAGUGAGUGUUUGAGCAUUGCUCUUGAUGUAGCACAUGGCAUGGAAUAUUUACAUCAUGAUUGUCCUCUACAAAUUGUGCACUGUGAUUUAAAACCCAGCAAUGUGCUCUUGGAUGCCAACAUGACAGCUCUUGUCACUGAUUUUGGUAUAUCCCGUUUAACUUCUACAAAUUCCACAGAUUCAUUGAGCACAACAACAUUUGCACUCAAAGGAUCCAUUGGCUAUAUUGCUCCAGAGUAUGGAUUGGGUGCGAAUGUUUCUAUUAAGGGAGAUGUUUAUAGUUUCGGAAUUCUGAUAUUAGAGAUGGUUACAAGGAAGAGGCCAAGUGAUGACAUGUUUGUAGGAGACAUGAGCUUGCAAAACUGGGUGAGAUCAGCUUUUCCAAACAGACUGGCAGAAAUUGUUGAUAGCGAGCUAUUGAGAGAUGUAAAUGAAAAUAUGGAAGACAAUGAAUGUCUUAUUUCUUUCAUUCAUGCUGGUUUGCUUUGCAGUAGUGAAUCACCAAGAGAACGACCUUCCCUAAGAGAUGUAGCCAAAGGCUUGGAGCGCCUGAAGACAUCUUUGAUGGGGGUUGCAGCGGCUUCCAAUUUAACAGCUACCAUUUCAGAACUCCUGGACAACGCCAAUCCCAAAGGACCAUUGGCAUCUGACAGUCAAAGUUCUACAUUUUAGAUGCUUACAACCUCCAUUAAGAAGUUUUAGUCCUUCAUGUUUUGUCGUUUCAAGUUUGUCUUCCAUCACCAUUAGUCUUCUUUGCUGUCAAAUCAACCUUAAAUUCUAGUUCAGUGAGCUUGUAUGUUCUAUUUAUGUGUUUUCAUUACACUAUUUUGAGAGAGUAUGAUGUUGUGAUUACAUACAUACUGAAAAAAUGCAAACUGCGUAAUAUAUUGUCCUCUCUUUAUGUGCAAAAGGUUUUCGUUUGUUAAUAUUCAAAAACAU